CUCGGGGCGCGACCCAGCCCCGGGCCAGCACCAGGAUCUGACUGUUCUUUCCCAGUGUGACACGCGGUACCAAGCCGAAGUCCCGCCCCACGUCCGUCACAUCCGGGCGAGGGCGUUGUUUUGGGCUUUCUCCGGGAGGUGGAGUAUCGGUUAACCCUUGCAUAUCCGGGGCGGCGGGGAGCCCUGCGGCCCGGAACCUACGAGUUGGGGCUCCCUAGCCACACCCCUCGCAGGGAUUUAAAAGGGAAGGAGGGGCCCCGGACGGGCCGAAGCCCGAGCCGAGGGAGCGGGCAUGAGGCGCUGCCCGUGCCGGGGAAGCCUGAGCGAGGAGGCGGAGGCCUGCGCGCUGCCCGCCGAGGCCCGCAUGGGGCUGGAAGCGCUCCGGGGUGGGCGGCGGCGACAGCCGGGACUGCAGCGACCUGGGCCGGGAGCAGGUGGCCCGGCGGGACGGUCGGAGGGGGGCGGUCCCCGGGCCUGGAUUGAGGGGUCCAGCGUGCGCUCCGAGGCGGAGAGGACCGGCCUCGGGCCUGCGCCGUGUCCACACGGUCCCCAGGUAGAACCCAGUGGAGAGGGGCGCGCGGAGUGCGAAGCAGCUGGCCCAGGAGCCGAGUCGGAGAAACAACCCCCAAAUAAAGAGCUAGACGGGUCCAACCUCCAGACACAUCCAGGAAUGACCAGCCCCUGGGCAGAGAUGGAGAUGGCCGGUUCCUGGACAGACGGCUUUCGAACUGAUCCUCGCAGAUCCGACCUCCAAUCUCAGCCAAAGAGAGCCAGCCUCUGUACCCAACCGGCGCUUGAUGAAUCCUGGACCGAACUGGGAAGAUUCGAGCUACGGCAGACUCUGCCAGAGAGGGACGAGCUCCUGGCUGGCCACCUCCGGACCCACCAUAGUACAGCCGAACCCCAAACUCACCCAGGCGAGGUCUGCUCCUCACCAGAACCAAGCGCUGAUGGUUCCAGGACAGCACAUGACCCCGACGGCUUCUGGACCGAGUCCCAAACUGAUGGCUCCCUCAUUCAACACAGUGCCCAGCACUCAGCCUGGAAACAGCCUGGAAGUGAUGGCUUUUCAGCACAGGACACUGACGGUGCCCGCGUCCCACCUGGCGCUGAUGAUCCCUGGGCUGACAGCGUUCUGGGGGUGUCCAAUGGAGACGAUCCCUUAGAGGAUCCAGGGCCUGCGGAGUUGGUGACUAAUCUGUGCUCCCACCUGGAGUGCAGCUCCUCUUGUCCCGUGCCCCGCCUUAUCAUCACCCCCGAGACUCCGGAGCCUGAGGCCCAGCCGGCGGGACCCCCAUCCCGGAUUGAAGGGGGCACUGGCGGCUUCUCUUCUGCCUCCUCUUUUGAUGAAUCUGAGGAUGACUUGGUGGCUGGGGGCGAAGGUACCAGCGAUCCCAAGGACAGAUCUGGAAGCAAGCCCUGGAAGAAGCUGAAGACAGUUCUGAAGUACUCGCCUUUCGUGGUCUCCUUCCACAAGCACUACUACCCCUGGGUCCAGCUCUCCGGACAUGCUGGGAACUUCCAGGCUGGUGAGGAUGGCCGCAUCCUGAAACGUUUCUGUCAGUGUGAGCAGCGCAGCCUGGAGCUGCUGAUGGGAGACCCCCUGCGGCCUUUCGUGCCUGCGUAUUAUGGUAUGGUGCAGCAAGAUGGCCAGGCCUUCAACCAGAUGGAAGACCUCCUGGCCGACUUUGAGGGCCCCUCUAUCAUGGACUGCAAGAUGGGCAGCAGGACCUACCUGGAAGAGGAACUGGUGAAGGCGCGAGAGCGGCCCAAGCCCCGGACAGACAUGUACGAGAAAAUGGUGGCGGUGGACCCUGGGGCUCCCACCCCAGACGAGCAUGCGCAGGGUGCAGUCACCAAGCCCCGAUACAUGCAGUGGAGGGAGACCCUGAGCUCUACCUCCACCCUGGGCUUCCGGAUCGAAGGCAUCAAGAAGGCUGAUGGGACCUGCAACACCAACUUCAAGAAGACACAGGCGCUGGAGCAGGUGACAAAGGUGCUGGAAGACUUUGUGGAUGGGGACCUUGGGAUCCUGAGAAAGUACGUGGCGCGGCUGGAGGACCUUCGCGAGGCUCUGGAGAACUCUCCCUUCUUCAAGACCCAUGAGGUAGUGGGCAGUUCGCUCCUCUUUGUGCAUGACCACACCGGCCUGGCCAACGUCUGGAUGAUUGACUUCGGCAAGACAGUGGCCCUGCCUGACCAGCAGACACUCAGUCACAGGCUGCCUUGGGCCGAGGGCAACCGUGAGGAUGGGUACCUCUGGGGUCUGGACAAUCUGAUCCGCCUCCUUCAGGGCCUGGCCCGGAGCUGACCUCAUCUGCCGAUGCUAGGCUCACUUGCGGGAGAGCCUGUGUCUGGCUGGAGGAGCCCGAAGAUGUGGAGCCUGC